UGGGGGUAACGAAGCCGCUGGAUGCCGGUGAGCUUGUCAAAUGAAAUCCCCGCAGUUCUUCAGUGUUUUGUUCCAAGCUUGUCAUUUUUGUCACGGAGGACGCGGCACGACUGAAAAACACGGGCAGACAUGUCGUACUGCAGACAAGAAGGGAAAGAUCGGAUCAUCUUUGUCACCAAAGAAGACCAUGCCACACCUAGCAAUGCCGAGCUUAUUGCUGAAGACCCCAAUGAUCCUUAUGAGGAACAGGGCCUGAUCCUGCCAAAUGGAGACAUCAACUGGAACUGCCCAUGCCUGGGUGGCAUGGCCAGCGGACCUUGUGGCACUCAGUUCAAGGAAGCUUUUUCCUGCUUCCACUACAGCAAAGAAGAGGUGAAAGGCUCAGAGUGCAUUGACCACUUCCGUAACAUGCAAGAGUGCAUGCAGAGGUACCCUGAGCUCUAUCCUCAGGAGGAAGAAAGAGAGGGCUCCUCACAGGCAGAGUCCAGUCCAGGGUCUGCCUCUGAAACUGACUCUACCCCAGUUCCUGACAACACAUCACCUACAGACAACCAGACUGCCAGCUAAGAGCAGUCUGGUUUCAUCCAGCCUCCUGCCCUCUGUGUGAAAGCACUGCCUGCAUAAAAGACUCCAUAAGGAACUCUGGUUGGUCUCUCUUCCUCUUGAAGCCUACAAACUUCCUAACUGACACUGAUGCAUAUUUGCAGGCUGUCUGAGAUGGACUCCAUAUAUACAGAGAAAAGACCCACACAUGUAUAAAAUUGAAGGCUACUUUUUUGUCUAAGCUCUCAAAUCAUUUAAUAUUAUGAUUUAAUAAUGCUGUUGCAGGGACUCUAGCCGAUAAAAUUAUUCUAUAUGCAAUAGGAAAUGACUGCUGUUUGUUUUCAUGUCAAUCAGAAGAGCCUUGUUAGCAUUUAUCGUGUCUUGUUUGAUUCACGGGUCAAGAAUGCCACUUGCACUAAUGAUUAUAAAAGAUUAUAUAUGUGAGAUGGAAAACUACAAGGUAAUCACCUGAUUCACUUUUCAGACUAAUGCUCAGUUCAUCUAAGGAGUAUUCCUUUGGUUAACAUUUAUUUCUCCCUUUGCUCACCAUCACUUAAGGGACCAAAACUCAAAUACUUGUAAAGAAACAAGCAGACUAUUUCAGCUUCCAAACAUUACACGUCAUAACGAUGUAUACACCAUUGUUUGUUGAUUUAUGGUAAAAUCCUCAAUCUCAAAUUACAUCUACUGUCAAAUGGACAAUGGAUAUGUUUCAGGACAGACACCAUUUCUGGCCCAGAGAGGUUUGGUUUGGUUUUGUUGUCUUAACACUGUCAAGAGUCUCCAGUAAGAAUCUGGUCGCUCAACAAUGUCAUUCAGGCCUUAAAAGACUUAAUGUUUUAGUUUCUGGUCAAAUGUGCAAAUUAAAAUGAUCAUUGGAAAUUUCAACAGUUUCUUUUUGUCCUGCUAAAGUAAAAACAAACUCAACACCUUUGUAUG